UGACUCUGCGAACGCGCUAGUGUGCAGUGCAGCUCUCGCGCUACCUUCGAAGAACUGUAAAUACCUACUUAAUUUGCGUUUGAGUACAUUUUCGUUGUAGCAGUGAGCAUCAACGUGUGUGCAUAUAGACUGCGGACAACGUUGAAUUUUUGACGUACGUCGCGACGAUACGACGCGCUGAUUGCUUUGUAAUACACCCAGAGAGAAGGAAGACGGUCAUCAUCAUGAGUUACGGAUACCAAGGCCCACCAGUGGCACCAUUCCCAGGACAAAAACCACCGACCUCUUUCGGACUUCCUCCAGGAACACCCUCCGCUCCCCCUAGUGCUCCGCCCUACUCCCAGCCACCAACAUCUUUUGGAAUGCCUCAGCCUUUUUCUCCAUAUCCAACUAGCUUCCAGUCACAGCCCCAGCCACCACAGUCAUCGCCAUACCCUAACAUGGGUGGACAGUCGAUGCCGCUACCUCAAAGCAGUAUGCCUUAUCCUGGCCAAAGCUUCCCUCCUUCACAUCCUGGAUAUGGUCACAUGACCACAACACAGCAGCAAACAUAUCCUCCACAACAACCACCACAACACCAGCCCUACCCCAUGCAACCACAGCAGCCUUAUCCAUCUCACCCUAUGUCCCAGCCUCAGCAACCAUACCCAUCACAACCACAGCGUCAGUCUUACCCUUCACAACCACCUCAUCAACAACCGUAUCCAUCUCAUCCCAUGUCUCAGCCACAGCAGCCAUACCCUUCGCAACAGCCACACAAUCCCAGCUAUAAUUCUGGAUCAGGCUUGUAUCCUAAUUUAAGUGGCUUAGAAAGACCAGAUCCUACUGUGCCUCCUAUGCAAAAUAGUGGCUCUUCUCCUUACCAGGGCGGAGGCUAUUCUCGGGGUCAGGGUAAUAGAGGAAGCUUUAGUUAUGGAGGAUCUGCACCAUAUAGUGCAGCGGCCCCUCGAAAGACUCCAGCUCAGGCUAAGCUUUCUCCGACAGUUGUCGCUGCACCGGACUUUGAUCCAAGAGCUGAUGCUGAGAUUCUGCGAAAAGCAAUGAAGGGUUUUGGAACUGAUGAAAAGGCUCUUAUUCAAGUUCUGGCCAAUCGCACAAACUUGCAACGUCAAGAGAUUGAAAUACAGUUUAAGACACUGUAUGGAAAGGAACUAGUCAAGGAUCUUAAAUCCGAAACUUCUGGAAACUUUGAAAAGCUGCUUGUAGCUAUGAUGAGACCUUUACCACAAUACUAUGCCAAGGAAUUACACGACGCCAUGAGUGGCAUUGGUACAGAUGAAUGUGUUCUCAUUGAAGUUCUGUGUACCAUGUCAAAUCACGAGAUUCGCGUGAUUAAGCAAGCUUACGAAGCUAUGUAUGGAACGCCUUUGGAGGAAGAAUUGAGAUCAGACACUUCUGGAAACUUUGAGCGACUUAUGGUUUCACUUUGUUGUGCUAACAGAGACGAAUCGUUUGAAGUUGAUCCUGCUGCUGCAGCAAAUGAUGCUAGAGAACUUCUUCAAGCUGGAGAGCUUCGUUUUGGAACGGAUGAAUCAGUAUUCAAUGCAAUUCUUGUUUCAAGAAAUGCUGCUCAAUUGAGACAAAUCUUUGCAGAGUAUCAAAAUAUUACUGGUCACGAUAUCGAGCAGGCUAUUGAGAAUGAAUUUUCUGGCGAUGUCAAGAAAGGCUUGCUUGCUAUCGUAAAGUGUGUGAAAAAUCGGGCUGGAUUCUUUGCUGAACAACUUUAUAAGAGUAUGAAAGGUGCUGGCACCAAUGACCGACGUCUUAUUCGAUUAGUUGUGACACGUUCCGAAAUAGAUAUGGGAGAAAUCAAGCAAGUUUUCCAGCAGAUGUAUGGUGAAAGUUUGGAAGACUGUAUCUCGGGUGAUUGUUCUGGACACUACAAAAAGUGCCUUCUUGCCUUGAUCAACUAAGUCAGUAUUGUUCGCUUUAAAACUUCAUCAUCACACUUCGCAUUUAUUCAUUGUUCAAGAUUUCCAAAACCAGAAUCUCUUGUUAUGUUUUUCAUUUUAUUACGCAAAAUCACAUUUUAUAUUGAAACAACGGUUGCACGUGUUUGAUUACAUCGGUAUCGGUUGGCAAACAAAUAUGAAAGUAUAUACGCCUAAAUAUGAAAUGUUCCUAACUGUACAAGAGUACCGUCCAUUUUUUUUUAAUGAAUCUCAAGAGAGUUAUAAUAUUUUAUUGCUAUAUAUGUCAAGCAUAAACGUGUGUUAUCGAAAGUGCCAAUGUCAAUUCUGUGAAUCGACUACCCGUUACGUAUAUUCGAAAAGAUUAUUUUUUUGCAAUCUUGUUGUACACGCGCGUGCUUGCUAAAAUCAAAAUGUGUCUUACUAUACAGCUAUAUUGAUGUGUUAACGAACAAAUGUAUGCAUAGUAUAUUAUGAAGCCAUCAAUUAGGUAAUAAAAAAACUUGUGGCCUAAGAAGCAAAUGUUAAUUUAUCUGCGUUGUAUCGUCAUUUUUCUUUUAUAAACUUUGUAAAUAAAUAAUUAUUUAUUUAACAUA